GUAAUCACUGGAUAGCUGUCUGCGUCAUUUUCAUUGAGAAGACAGUUGAAUUAUUUGACCGCUUGCAGGGAAGGAAUAUAAAAUACGUGGAGAAGUUUUCUGUUACGAUUCCUAGGAUAGUAAAAGCUGUUGCACCACCUGAAAACAAGAAAGGUACCUCUGAAGGCUAG